CAUAUUUAUGUCAUAAGCCGCCAAGCAAGAUGAAAGUUGACGACUUCAAAGUUAUAAUUUAAGCGACUCAGAUUUUAUAAUUUUUGCGCGCUCUCUCAAAUAACAAAAAAAAAAGGCGAAGAAACAAAAAUCAAAUUGUAUUAAAAUAAAGUAUUUUUGUUAAUAUUAAUUAUAAUACCAUGUCCACCAUAAAUGACGAUGACAUUUUAAUAACUUUCGACGAACUGUGCCAAUUAGAUAAGGCGGAUAUUUCCGUAUGUGUUGAUAAAUACAGUGCUUUAAGCAUUUGUGAGAAAAGCUCUGCUCCACCUAGUGAAAUUUAUAAUAUCUGGGUGCAAAAACUACUCAAAGCCUAUGAUACGCAGGGAUUUUCCUACAAAGAUUGGCAACGGAUUAUACAGCAAUUGAGCAAAGCGCUGCAAGAGUUUGUUAAAAAUGUAAACACUGCCAAUGAUUUGAGUGUAAAACAACUGGAUCAGUGGUGGUUGGACACUCAAGAUUUGCUGAAAUGGUUAGAGACUGUCAUCAACUCCCUGGAUAUGCUCGUAAUGAGUUUAAUAUUGACCUUUGUUUUGGAAGUAAUUAUUAAAACUUGUAAAUUUGCCAAUAAGAGCAAUAUUAAAAACUUAUUGAGUAUACAAGAGUUGUUAUUAACUAUCAUUAAUAAAUCACUUUUGAUAAUGCCUAUUAGAGCUAAUGCGUUUAAAGGUUUUAAUAAAGUAUUAACAUCAUUGUGUGAUGUUGGCUGUUUGAUAUCUUCGGCGGAUAUUAAAACAACUAUUGAAACCUGGCGUGCUGUAGUCAAACUAAGAAAGUUUAAUAACAGUUACAUCAAUUUUCCAGUUAUUAAAAUAGAGAAUUCUACAAAUACCGAAAUGCAUUGGUAUGAGAAAGCUAUUUUGGGUAUAUUUAAGGAAAUAAAACAAAUUGUACAAGUCUAUAAUAAGAAUAUAACCUCCAGUAGUGACAACUUGUUACAAAUUGCACAAUUUUAUUUGAAAAUUCUUAGAUUGCUUAUUAAUUAUUCCAGGAAUAAAAUUAAAACAUUUCCAGCUACAAAGGAAUUCUUGGAAAUAUAUUCAUUUUGUCAGCAUGAAAUGUUGAAAAACAAAAAUCCCAAAUUGAGUUAUUUAUUCGAAAAGUGCCUUUUACAUCAUCUUAAAUAUGAUGUGAAUAACUUCGAAUCAUGUGAAUUAAUACAGGACUUUCUUAAAGUUAAGGUGGAACAUUGUGUUAAUAAUGGUUUAAAUGUUACACCCGAAGUAGAUGUAUUAUUGAAGUUUUAUAAUUGUUUAUUUGAAGGACCUUUAAUAUUUGUCGAUAAGGAUAAAUAUAAUAAAAUAUUGGAAUAUUUUGUUGCUUUAACUGCUUUGGACACAAGCUAUAAACUACAUAAGAAAUUGUGUGAAUAUGUAGUAGACUCAGCUUGGAUAAGAGCUUACACCAGUAUGGAAAUAUUAAACAUGUAUUACAGUUACAUUUUCAAACAACGAAAAACUGAUACCAAUUUCAAAUGUUUGGAGUUUUGGCUUAAAGUGUGGAAUAAAUUAAACCAAUCUAAUGAAAUUUUAAGAAAACAUAAAAAACUAGUUGAAAUUUUACUUAAAACCAUCUUACACCAUACAAACACUGAUAUACUACAACAAAACGUUUCUAAUAAAUAUGAAAAUGUGGAAAUUAUACUAUUAUUAAGUGGCAGGGAAACUGAACAACAUCGGCAAUAUUUACAAACAACUUUGGUGAAAAAUUUAAAUAAAUUACAAAAACGUCAGAUAAAUAUUACAACAUACACAGAAUUGCUCAACUUAUUGGAAAUCUGUAAACUCAAACCACAACUAAUAAAUCAUAAUAUCCAGGAAUGCCUCUUAAAUACAUUUACCAGUUUAAUUUCUUUAGCAGCCCAGGAACUUAAAAAAUUUCGUGAAUUUAUAAAUAAAACUCUAAGAAUAUUCUAUUUAAAACAUGAUAAGCAACUUAAUGACAAACUAUUAUUAUUUUUAUUCGAACAUGAACAGCAAUGCUUUACUAUAAAAAGUGUAUUUCUAAUAGAAUUUUUGCUACAACAAAAACCCGAUUCUACUAAACUAUUACAAACGCUACAAACCUCUGACAAACAACAGACUACUAACCUAAGCAAUUUGCUAGAACAUACAACUCUAAACAAGGAGCUAAUAGAUUUAAAAGUUUUUCAAGAUUUAAGCAAAACUUUACAACAAUCAAGUAGCCCUGAAAUGGAUUCACAACAAAUUACAAAGAAGCCACGUCUUGAUAAAGGUAAUUUUUCAAAUAUUAAAUUUAUUUUAAAUGAUCUAAAUGCAAACACACAAAAACUUUUACAAAUUGAACGUUCGACAUUUGAUGCAAAUGAUAUUGCUUUAAUACAAGUGAUCAGAAGCAAUCUAAACAAAUGUUUAAGCAAGUAAAUUAUACAUGUAAAAAAGGGUUUUUUGUUUAUUAUUAAAAUUAUAUUAAACUUAAAUUUAUAUACACAAUUUUUAACUUAAAAAUAAAAUUAUCCUAUAACUAAAAUCUAAAAAUAAAAC